CCCCUGCCUUCCUCUCUCUUCUCUAUUUCUCUACCCUCUCCUUCCCCAAAACCUAACACUGAAAAUCAAUCCACACUUGAAUGAAGAACCUGUCAUGCAGAAUCCUUCAGAAAGGGGUCUAGAUGAGAGAAUGGAUCCAAAUGGAAAAACCGGGUCUAUAAUGAAGCCUGGUGAUAUGUCUGUGAUAUAUGUCUGUGAAUUGCCUGAGAUUAAGGAGAAAUUUGACCUAGCCAAAGCUAUGUCUCUUGGUCUUAAACCUGGCCCAAAGUAUUGUGAACUGCAACUCGGAAAUUCAGUGAAGUCAGAUCACCAAAAUAUCACGCAAUUACUACAGUUGUCACAAUCUUUGAGAUUUUUGAAGAACAAUGGACAGGCUACUGAGAAGAGAACGCAAAGUGGAGGUCUCCACAAUCAGCUGUAUUACCUAAUUUCCAUCUUCCAAUGCACAGUUUGGAAGUUAAAAAUAGGUAAAUUAUCAAAUGACAUUUUCUCCAUAUAGAUGCAUUUUUCAUACCAAAUAUGUGGGUUGUUGUGUCAUCUGUAGUGCCUUGUGUUUAAUGUUUUAAAUGUCUGGUGUGUGAAUGUGUAGUGUACUUAUAGUUUUUUAGUGCUACAACUGCUAAUACUACCGCUACUACUGUUGCUAGAAUGCAACCAAGUGUUGUUCAUAAAUCACUGUUGUUUGGUACCCUUGCAACUUAUUGAAGCAUACAAAUAUAUAUGCAUUAUUUAAUCACACAUCCCUACAUUGUGCAAUGCUGGAAUGAAUUUUUUAGAAGUUUUCUACUUUUAUUUGUUAUUGGCCAGAAUUUGUGACUUUUUAAAAAUAAAGGGCAAAUAUAGUAGGCACCCCCAAGGUUUUUUCCCUUUUAACUCACACCCUUUUAAUUUUCA